AUGCUAGAUGAUACAGGAUUCUUCAAUAUUUCUUACAUAUACGAUAUUGUUCACCAUCAAGAAAUAGUUGCCCCCGGGGUUACAGUUGCCAGUACAGUCGAACUGUUCAACGAAAUAUUUGUUGCGGUCGUCCCGAUACGAUACUGUUCACCAUCAAGAAAUAGCUGCCCCCGGGGAUACAGUUGCCAGUACAGUCGAACUGUUCAACGAAAUAUUUGUUGCGGUCGUCCCGGUUCCUCCGGCAAUACAGCGAACAGACCGGUUGUUCGAACACGAGCAAAACCAAAGAUAGACGUCUGUGACAAAGGCACACCAUAUAUUCUGAAAGGAGUUCCACAGACAUGUACCGCAACACCAUGUCCAACUGGCUAUGAUUGCAUAUUCUCCAGAAAAGCGCGAAACUACUUUUGCUGCGACAAGAAAGCAGUUAAAGGUUGGCUCUUUUUUCCGUACAUUUGCCAAAAACGCUAAUG